GAGCCAUGUACCGCCGCAGCUACGUUUUCCAGGCCCGCCGAGAGCGCUACGAGCGCGCCGCGGAGCCCGAACGCGCGGUCCGGGAUGCGAUCGCCGCGCCCCCGAACCCCGCGCCGCUGCAGGGCCUGGGCGAGCGCGUGGCCGCCCAGGUGCAGCGCGCCCGGGCGCUUGAGCAGCGCCAUGCGGGGCUGCGCGGGCAGCUCGAUGCCUUCCGGCGCCUGGGCGAGCUGGCCGGGCCGGAAGAUGCCCUGGCGCGCCACGCCGAGGCCAACCGGAGGCGUGCGGGGGACCUGGCGGCUGAGCGCACACGGCUGCAGCACCAGGGCGUGGAAGCGCAGCGCGCGCUCGACGAGUUCCGGACCAAGUAUGAAAAUGAGUGUGAGUGUCAGCUGGUGCUGAAGGAAAUGCUGCAGCGGCUCAACAAGGAAGCUGACGAAGCCUUGUUGCAUAACCUGCGCCUUCAGCUCGAGGCCCAGUUUCUACAGGACGAUAUCAGUGCGGCUAAGGACAGGAACAAAAAGAAUCUUUUGGAAAUCCAGACCUACAUUGGCAUCCUGCAGCAGAUCAUCCAGGCUGCACCUCGGGUGCCUGCCAUUGUGCGUGGGAUGCGGGAGGAGAAGAUCUUGACGGAACGGGAGGUGGCUUCGCUGCAGAGUCAGCUGGACGAGGGGCGGGAGGCACUGUCCCACCUGCAGGUGCAGCGGUCGGAGUUGCAGGCCCAGACUGCGGCCCUGGACCAGGCGAUUAAGAAUGCCCAUGAGUGCUACGAUGAUGAGAUCCAGCUGUACAACGAGCAGAUCGAGAGCCUGCGGAGGGAGAUCGAGGAGGCUGAGCGGACGCUGGAGAGGAGUUCCUAUGACUGCCGGCAGCUGGCUGUGGCCCAGCAGACCCUCAGGAAUGAGCUGGACCGCUAUCAGCGCAUCCUAGAGAUUGAAGGCAACAGGCUGAGCUCGGCAUUCAUGGAGACUCCAACCCUGUUCACGCCAAGCCACAGGCCCCCAAUCAGUGUGGGUGCCAGUGGGAAAGAUCUCACCAGGGUCGUGCAGGACAUAGCUGCAGCUAAACCCAGGCAAAGAGGCCUCCCCAAGAACGCUCCUCGGAGGAAGGAGAUCACGGCUCAGGACAGAGCCGAUGAGACUCUGGAGGAUGCCCCUGCGAAAGAUCCGGAAGACCCGAAGCCAGGGCAGGGGGUGGCCACAGAGAAGGCUGAACCCAGGCAUGAGGCAGGGGGUGGAGAAGCAGGCUCCUCAGCCCAGGAAGGGGGUCCGGAAGAUGUGCCAGAUGGGGGGCAGAUAAGCAAAGCCUUCAAGAAACUGUGCAAGAUGGUCGAGGAGCGAGUGAAGGCCCACAAAGAGCCUGCGCCCGAACCCCCUGGGCUUGAGCCCUCCGUUCCUGAGCCCCCCACGCCUGAGCCCUCUGCGCCCGAGCCCCCAGCCGACCUCUACACCAAAGGGCACCAUGUGCUGGUCACGGGGGAUGGCAGCUAUGUGGACCCCAGCUUCUGCUCCUCUUCCAUCCCUGCCCGUGGUGGGGUGGUGAUUUCCAUUGAAGACAGCUCCGUGCGUGGUGAUGGCCCUGUGCGUGGUGACGGCUCCGUGCGUAGUGACGGCCCUGUGCGUGGUGAUGGCCCCUUGCGUGGUGACGGCUCCGUGCAUGGUGACGGCCCUGUGCGUGGUGACGGCUCUGUGCGUAGUGACGGCCCUGUGCGUGGUGAUGGCCCCUUGCGUGGUGACGGCUCCGUGCGUGGUGACGGCCCUGUGCGUGGUGACGGCCCCUUGCGCGGUGACGGCUCCGUGCGUGGUGACGGCUCUGUGAGUGGUGACGGUCCCGUGGAGCCCUCUCCUCAGAAGCCCACGCCAGCUUUGGAGAACGGACCCGGGGGCUCCCAGGGGAGCGAGGGGGAGCACACAGGAAGCCAGCAGUCUGCAGGCAAGGGGAAAGAGGCAAAAGCCCAGGAGCCGAAAGGCCCUGGGCUGAAGGGUCAUAGUGAGAAGGAAGAGGAGAGCCCUAGGAGACCCCAUCCUGUGAUCGUCCCGGGUCCGGAGGAACCGUCUGCACCCUUUCCUCCAGUGCCCCGGCCCACUCAGGAGGGAGCAGAGGGGAGGAGCCGUGGCCGGCCCGAGAGGAGCCUUCCCAGGGCCAUGGCGUUUAAGAAGGUGGAGGUGGUAGAGUCCAUUGAGCAGAUUUCCACAGAGAGCAUCGAGACGUACGAGGAGACCUCUGUGGUCGUGGAGACCGUGAUGGGGAAGACGAAGGCGAAUAAGAAACCGGGAGAGAAGGGGUCCUAGGACAGAGGGCUCCGCAGGGCGCAUCUGUGGGCUCUGUAGGGGAUGCUUUGACACGUUGGGGUGCGUGGUGAGGUUCCCGCGUGGCUUUGAUGACUCACUGGCGUUGUCAGGGAACCUACAUUAAACUGUGUUCUUUGCUUGCA